AUGAUCCUGUUCGUAGUCCUACGCUCCGGAGAAAAAAUUACUCUCACGGUGUCUGGAGAUCACACCGUCGAAAGUGUCAAACAGCAAAUUCAGCAAAGAGAAGGUACAAUACAGCAUGAAAAAGUAAAGAUGGCUCGUGUGUUGUUGGUCGCUCAUUCUGAAACAUGUUUAAUAGGAAUCCCUGUGAAUAAACAAAGACUUGUCUACCUAUUCGAAGAACUACACAAUGAAAGGAAACUGGAUGACUAUGAUUUCCGGAGCGAAGGGACUAUGUUUUUGUGUAUGACCCUGUUCGUAGUUGUACUCUUAGGAAAAACAAUCACUCUUACGGUGUUUGCAGAUGACACUGUCGAAAGUGUCAAGAAGAAAAUUUGUGAUCGUGAAGGAAUCCCUGUGGAAGAACAAAGGCUUGUUUACACAACCAAAGAACUAAACAACGACCAACUGAAGCUGUCAGACUAUGGUUUCCAGAACGAAGGCACUAUGUAUUUGUCUUUGAGACUGUUCGGAG